AUGACCGACAAAGAAAUCAAGGAAGGAGACCAGGUCUCAUGGCAAUGGUCUGGCAGCCGUCCUGGAGGCACCGUCUCUGAUGUUGCCAAGGAAGGCGAGCUCUCAAUCGAGACCAAGAACGGCAACACUGUCAAGAAAAAUGCCGACCCCGAAGAUCCUGCUGUCAAGAUAUCUCGCUCGGGCAACGACGUCGUGAAGAGAGCUCAUGAGCUGGACGUCGAGGAAGCGGGCGACAAGCACAAGGAAGACAAGGGUGCUGAGAAGACCGUGACCAAGGAUGACAAGAAGGACGAUGAGACCAAGGAGAAGGAUGGUGAGGAGGAGAAGGAUGACAAGGACGGCGAGAAGGAAGAGGCCAAGGAGGACAAGGAAGAGGAUAAGAAGAAGAAGAAGUCGAGCAAAGGCGAGUCGAAGAAGGCGGAUGGAAAAGCAAAGGCGGGCGACAAGCGCGAAGCCGAGGAUGACAAGCAAGAGGACGAGGAGCCCUCGAAGAAGCAGCAGAAGACCGAGGAUGCUGGCGAGGAGAACGGCGACAAGAAGAAGCGUGGACGACCUGCCAAGAAUGGCAACGAGGCAUCAUCAUCGUCGUCCAAGUCCAAGCCCAAGAAGGAGCCAAAGAAGGCAGCAACCGAGUCGGGAGAGCCCAGACGCUCGGGCAGACUCAACUCUACUUAG